AUGGACGACUACCCAGGCCCGGAGAUGAACGCCUACUUCCGGUGGGGGUACUCACGGUGCUACGGCGACGGGUCGUACACCACCACCGGAGACGACAGAUCCAACAACCCACACGUCUGGCCGUACAGAAUGCCGUUCCCUGAAGUGUCGUACGAAGGGUACGGCCUCCAGCCUCCAACUCAGGCUCGGACUCGGGACUCGAAGAAGAAGAAGGAAGGUUCCACUGCAAAGCCGCAUGAGCAAGAGGGGGGGAAGAGGAGGAAGAAAGGAAAGGGCAAGGGCAAGAAGGCGUUGGAUGGCGCUGAGAGUGCUGAGACCCCAGUGCCCCCAACAUCGAAAGGCCCAGACACCUCGCCGAAAUCCCAGCCGAAAGCUCCAGGCGGUGUGCCGAAGUUGAAGGGUGCCAAUGCCGAUAAGCCAGUGGGAACAGGUGCAGAUGCACUACCAAAGACAAAAAUCCACCACGGGCCCGGGGAGGUAUCCUCGAGCGCAAAGCCCAGCCGUGGUGCCAGGGGCGGUCAGCCAAAGGGAGGGAACAGAGGUGGGCCAAAGGGUGGUAAAGCCGCCGGGCCUGUCAAGACUUCUGGAAAAGAGAAUACCUUUAAACCAAAGGGUGGACAUCCCGAUGGAAAUCCGAAGAGUGGGGCGAAAGCGCCUGAGGAUCGGAAAGGGAAGGGUGUAGAGAGGCCGCCCUGUGCCGAUGGAAAACUUGUCGCUCAGAGCAGGGGACCAGGAUGUGACCCGGGAACGGUGCACGUGCAGGUGGAUGAGACAAAGGGCAAGAAACCAAGAGCAAGACGCCGGAGGAAUAAUAGAGGCCAGAACAAGGAGGUCGAAUCGCGUUCUGCGCCGAACAAUCAGAAGAAAGACUAA